CUCUCUUCCUCCUCCUCUUUUCCCCUCUUUCUGGGAUUGGAGGUAAUUGCAAUUUACAGUCCUCAAGUUCCAACUCCAAUUUAUUUCAUGCUCCAACUCAAACUGGGACAUCUCUCAAUCAUGUCUAAGAAGAGACAAAUCCCAAUCCAAUCACCCCCACCAACCCCUCCAACCCCACAAUCCUUAACCUCCAAAAGACCCAAAACCCUCCUCAAAUCCCCCAACUGGGUCCCCCUCAACCUCACCCAGUCUGAGCUCUCCCUCCCCCUCACCUUCCCCACCGGCCAAACUUUCCGGUGGAGACAAACCGGCCCUCUUCAGUACACCGGCGUCAUUGGCUCCCACCUCAUCUCCCUUCAGCACCUCCAAAACGGCGACGUUUCCUACUGCCUCCACCACUCCUCCUCAACUCCCAAAUCCAAUGCCGAGUCGGCUCUCCUCGAUUUUCUCAACAUGGGUAUCUCCCUCGCCGGAAUUUGGGAGGUCUUUUCGGCUUCCGAUUCGCGGUUUGCUGAGCUGGCUACACACUUGGCCGGUGCAAGAGUGCUCCGACAAGACCCACUUGAGUGUUUGGUUCAGUUUCUGUGUUCCUCAAACAACAACAUUGCUAGAAUCACCAAAAUGGUGGACUUUGUGUCUUCGUUGGGGACCCACUUGGGUUCUGUCGCAGGUUUUGAGUUCCAUCAGUUUCCAUCAUUGGAUCGGUUGUCAAUGGUCUCGGAACAAGAGCUCAGAGAAGCCGGUUUCGGUUACAGGGCCAAGUACUUGACUGGUACUGUGAAGGCGCUGCGGGCGAAACCUGGGGGAGGUGAAGAGUGGCUCUUGAAUCUUCGGAAACUUGGACUUGAAGAAGUGAUUGAGGCUCUUACCACAUUGCCUGGAGUUGGUCCGAAGGUGGCGGCAUGUAUUGCUCUUUUUUCGCUGGAUCAACAUGAUGCCAUUCCUGUUGAUACGCAUGUGUGGAAGAUUGCUACAAGAUACCUCAUACCUGAGCUAGCAGGAGCUCGUCUGACACCAAAGCUCUGCAGCCGUGUGGCGGAGGCUUUUGUAAGUAAAUAUGGGAAAUAUGCUGGAUGGGCUCAAACUCUGCUGUUUGUUGCUGAAUUGCCUUCACAAAAAGCUCUACUGCCGCCCCAUUUCUCAAAUGCCAAAGAGAGUAAAUCUACCAAGGGAAAGGGCCGCUAAGAUCAGGCUGUAGCAGAUGCUUCAAAUAGUGAAUAACAGACCUAAUAUCGUAUACACAUGAUACUACAAUCUGGAGCCACACUUGGUUUAGUAGAAUUGCUUGUUCAGCAAAUGGCAUCUCAGUUGCACGGCCUAUAAUAUGAAGCCCCAAUUUUGAAGCUCAGUAUUCACGGGGCUUUCUCCAGAAUUAUCAGCUCCUCGCAUAUCAGGAUUCUUAAAGAUGACUGAAAGUAGUAUCUGGACUGCUGGUUGGAAAUGAGUCGCAAAUUAUUGCCUUUGCUCUUACGUUUGUAUCACAACCACUGAACCAAUAUCUCCAUUGCAGUAGCCAUAUUCUUGUGGGAAUCACUCAGGAAUUGGAAAACCUCAUUGUACCCUCACCCAAGAUUAUUAGUAUCAACAUAUUUUUGAAUCUAGGUACGUUCGUGUAUAUACUUGCGCAGCUGUAAUGUGGCCAUUCUCAGACAUAGAUUGAAUUGGCUCAGGUUACAGGAUCUAUCUAACCAUCCCGAUCGUUGAUCCCAUGAUACAUGAUUUAUUAAGUUCUCAUUG